AGUUUUGUACUUUAUCUUUUAGUCAUAAUAUAUUUUUUGAGAAAUUGAUUUAUAUAAAACCGUUUAAAAUUUGAUUAACAUGAUAUAUAAAAAAAAAUCUUUUAUGUAAAAAAUAUAUACAAUGAUUUAAACAGUAAUAAUAUAUUGUUAUAAUAAAUUAAAAAUGUCAUCACCACGCGUUUUUGUUGUAACUGGAUCAAACAAGGGAAUUGGUAAAUCAAUAGUAAAACUUCUUUUGCAGGAUAAAGAAGAAAAAAUUGUGUAUUUAACAUCAAGAAAUAAAGAGUUUGGACUAAACGCUGUUCAAGAACUAGCUACUUUAAAUCUGCAUGCUGAGUAUCAUCAGCUUGAUAUCACAGAUCAAAGUAGUAUACACUGUUUACGUGAUCAUUUACUUUUAAAAUAUGGUGGUUUAGAUGUUUUAGUUAAUAAUGCUGGUAUUGCAUAUAGUGAAUUAAGUAAUGCUCCAUUUUCAGAGGAAGCAGAGGUUACAAUUACUACAAACUUUUUGGGUAUGAUAUCAGUUUGUGAUUCUCUAUUUCCGAUUUUAAAACCUAAUGCUAGAGUUGUUAAUUUGUCAAGCUUAGCAGGCGAAUUUGCUUAUGAAAGGUUAUCUGAUAGUCGCAAGGAGCAGUUUAGAGACAAAAACUUAAGUGUUGAUGGUUUAAAGAAAUUACUAUUAUUGUUUGUGGAACAUGCUAAAAAUGAUACAUUGGAAGAAAAUGGGUGGCCUCGGUCUGCAUAUGGAAUGUCUAAAGUUGGUGUUUCAAUUUUAACACAAAUUCAACAACGUGAGUUUGACAAAAACCCAGAGUUAAAUAUUGUUGUAAAUUCCUGUCAUCCAGGUAUUGUUGAUACAGACAUGAAUGGCGGAAGGUACUUUGACAUGAUAACUCCUGAUGAAGGUGCUGAUACGCCUACUUAUUUAGCUCUUCUUCCGGUGACAGAUCGUUUAGUACCAAUGGGGAGUUAUCAUAAAUUAAAGAAUGUUGUAUCGUAUCCUCCUUUAUAAAAGCUUAAUUAAUUUGCAACAAUACAUGUCUUCUUUAUAAUGAUAUUUUUAAAGCUAUUUUUUGAAAA